AUGGCCACUCAAUCUCUUACUCUCCAGCCUAGCGGCCACAAGAUGCCCCUCUUGGGAUUCGGCACCUGGAAGGUCUCCAAGGACACCACCGCCAAUGUCGUCCUCAAGGCUAUUGAAGCCGGAUACAGACUCUUGGACUGCGCCUGCGACUAUGGUAACGAGGUCCAGGUCGGACAGGGUAUCAAGAUGGCCAUCGAGAAGGGCAUCGUCACCCGCGAGGAGCUCUUCAUCACCUCCAAGCUCUGGAACACCUACCACCACAAGGAACACGUCCCCUUGGCGUUCGCGCGCACCUUGAAGGAUCUUGGACUCGACUACAUCGACCUCUACCUGAUCCACUUCCCCAUCUCGCUCAAGUACGUCCCCUUUGAGGAGCUCUACCCUCCCGAGUGGGGCAACAUGGAGCAAGACCCCGUCCCUAUCCACGAGACCUGGGCUGCCAUGGAGGAUCUUGUCCGUUCCGGCAAGGUCCGUGAUAUUGGAGUUUCCAACUUCCCGGCGAUCCUGUUGAUGGAUGUCUUGUCGUAUGCCAAGAUCAAGCCUGCUGUUCUUCAUAUUGAGGUCCACCCUUACCUUAACAACUCUCAGUUGAUCAAGUUUGCUCAGAGCAAGGGUCUCCAGAUCACCGGCUACUCCAACUUUGGUCCAGCUUCCUACGUCGAAUUGGGCUCGCCCACUGCCCAGAAUGCCGUCCCCCUCUUCAAGGAGGAGCGCCUCUCCAAAAUCGCCGCCGACCACAAAAAAACCGUCGCCCAGGUUAUCUUGCGUUGGUUGGUCCAGAACAAUGUUGCUGUUAUCCCCAAGUCCUCGGACCCCGUCCGCGUUGCCCAGAACGCUGAUAUCUUCUCGUUCGUGUUGUCUGAGAAGGAGGUUGAGGUUAUUGAUGGAAUGAACAUUCCUUUGCGUUUGAACGAUCCUGGUGCAUAUGCCAACAUCCCCAUCUAUGCUUAA